CGUCGUUCAAUCCCAUAGCAACGCAACGCAAGAAGACGGCUUGACAAAAUUUCCAAAUUAGAAAAUAAGAAUGGCUACAACUCGAAUAACUACACAGUUACCGCCAAACAUAGACGUUACAAAGGCACCUUUGGCUUAUGGGGAUAGAGCUCUUCCAAAGUUGAAUCGUGAGCUGAAGGACCCAGAACUUAUUACAAGGCAGAGAGCACUAAGGACAUUAUGUGACUGUCUUCAUGAUCCAGAAAAUAUUGCAGAAGCUCUCAAAGUUGGUGUAGCUGAGAGUUUGAAAGCACUUUUGAGUGAUCAGGAUGGAACAGUUAGGCAUAAGACAACAGAGGCAUUAUACAUCAUUUCAGGUCACAACAUUGGAAGAGAUGCCUUCAUUGAGUGUAGUAUUAUAUUCCCGCUCUCUAAGUUAUUUGAUGAUGAGCUUGAUAUUGUGAGAAGGAAUGCUCACAUGGCCAUGGAGAUGCUGACAGAGUUCUAUCCUGGAGCAGAGGGCGUGGUAGAAACUCAUCUUAUUCCAAUCCUGGUGGACAAACUCAAGAUUGAAGUAGAUGAAAUCAAGGAGUAUAUAUUGGACACCCUACACUUUUGUAUGAGAUUAGAUCAGGUUCAGGCUCUGAUUGCUGGAGCUAUGGAGGUCUUCACAGAACUUCUCCUUCAUAACUCACCUAUCAUCAGAGCAAAGGCUGCAAGGGAUGUCAUGGACUUAAGUGUUCCUCUUGAUGGUAAAAGGAAAGCAUGCGAGUGUAAUAGCUUGCCGUCUCUUGUCACUCUUCUCUCUGAUGAUGAACCUGAUGUCAGAGCCAAGGCUGCUGGUGCCAUCAUGACAAUCACAAUCACUACCCAAGGCAAGUAUACUGCUAUCAAGGCUGGAGCCAUACCUGAGCUUGUUAAACUAGUGGAUGAUGAGAGUAGUGAAGUACGGCUCAAUGCCAUCACUGCCAUUACUACUCUAUCAGAAGCACCUGAGGGACGCAAAGAACUGCUUGAGGACGUCGACAGGAUCAAAAAGAGAACAGAGGAUGAGUCUGCAGCGGUAGUGAAAGCUGCAGAGAUAGCUGUCAGAGUUAUUACAUGGAAACCAUGAAGACCCCCCCCCCCAUCAAAGAAAUAAUAUUGAAUUUAUACUUUCUGAAUUUUGUUGAGUUAAAAAAUUACUCAAAACAUUGAAAGUAUAUUUGUUUUCAUAUAUUUGGAAGUAUAUGAAUAAGAAUGGAGAUACUCUUGUGUUUUAAAGAAAAUAUUUGAGAAAAAUUUAUCAUUUUUGCUCUACAUGACACUCAUAUUCAAAGAAGAGAUUAAAGGAGAAUGAAACUCUUGGAGCAAGUUAGCUUUUGUGAAAGCAGAAAAAUCAAAGAAUAAGAUCAACAAAAGUUUGAGUAAAAUAGGACUUGCAAUAGAAGAGUUAUGAGCAUUUGAAUGUCGAGAUCACUAAUGCUAUGGAGAUCCUCCCAUUGGCAAUGCGACCAAGAUCUAUGAUGUCACAGAUGAACAACUCUCCCCUUUUGGACACUGAAAAUAUACCCCAAAACAUCUCUUUUUGCUCAUUCUAAUCAUAUGACAAACGAUUCAUCAAUGAUAUAAUGUUGUGAAACCUCUGUACUUGUCCUCUCAUAAAGAGAACACCUCACCUUGUGAUAGACUCUAUAAAAGUGAGAAUAUAAGUGAAAUAAGUACUAAAGUAAUGAGGGAGUUGUACGUGUGUGACAUCACAGAUCUUGGUCGCAUUGCCAAUGGGAGGAUCUACAUGGCAUUUGUGAUCUCAAUAUUCAAAUGCUCAUAACUUUCUUAUUAUUCAUUCAAUCUUCCUCAAACUUUCAACAAUAUGUUUCUUUGAUUUUUCUCUUUGAUAUGGAUUCAGCUGGUUUCAAGGGUUUCAUUCUUCUUUAACAUCUUACGAGGAUUGCUCUAAAAUUGAUUUAAAGCUUCAUCAUAUUAGACUGCAAUAUUUUAAUGAUGAAUUCAUUGGAUAUGGGUGUAUUAAUACACCACUUGUUUCAUUUUUCAUUCCAAAGUGAUAUUUGCUUUAAACGACAUAUAUUUUUGUGAUGUAUUUAUAUUUAUGCAUAUAUUUUUAAAGCAACAUAUGUAAAUUAUUUGUAAAUAGUAUGUGUAUAUGAUGUAAAGAUAAAGUUAUAGAAAUACCUUUAAGUUUCAUUUCAUUUAAUGACAUGUUCAUCCAAAGACAGAACUCAUGAAUGUCAGAAUAUCGUAGCAACAAUAAAUAAAAUAUGCAAUCCAGUAUCUGUACAAUUCAAAUCAACACAUUGGUUGGAUUUAGAAUUUUCCUUUUUUAGAAAUAUAAAUUCAAUUCAAUCCCUAAAGAAUCCUUUUUAGAACCACGUAUGAAUUUCGAUUCAUGAAUCAUUAUUGUCAUGAUUAUAAUUGUCUUGCUUCAAUGAGCUAUUUGAAGAGAUUAUCAAUUCAUCUUGGAUGGUUUUGUUGAAAUACAAUAAAUCAACAUGAGAAUACACUGUAUAUGAACUUA